AUGGGUAUAAUUUAUUCUAAAUUGAGGAAGAUUCAGAGAACAUUCAAUGUCGGACAGAAUGCAAUUGAGUCGAAAAGUGAAACCAGCAAUUUAAAAUCAACGAAUUCGUGGUUCAGGAGACUUAAGAAGCGAAUAAUGUCUAGUGUGCGCUGGUUCAACAAUCGUUCCUCAGUACGUGUCCACGAAGACACGGACCUACUGAGUAGUGAAUCUCCAAAUUCAACUAUUGUGAAUCAAAGGUUAACUAAUGAAAUCAGGAAUCAAUUUUACAAUAAUUCAACGACAAUCCCAUCAAAUGGAAAGAAUCAUAAAUUAAUAAUAUCCGAUGAGUUAUUGAAAUUCAUUGGAACACAUCGUACACUAAAUGAAUUGACUCAAUGGAGGCUCCUUUUAGUAAAACUAACUGGAAAAAUAAACGAAUCCAACCAAUAUUCAGUCGUAAACGACAAUCGGACGACAAAUAUCUACAAUAAUCAGUUAGUCCCGUACGUGGGACGGAGGACACUCCCAUCGGUUUUAUGCACGAUGAACAUUAGAUCGUUGCAGAGGUUAUCUGAUGAAAUUAAAUAUCCAUUUUACAAUAAUUCAACGACAAUCCCAUCAAAUG